UGCGUCACCUUUACGCGUCCCGGGGCAAGUAAACAGUUCCGCUGUGUCGCGAUGGACUCAAACAAGGACGAAGCCGAGCGGUGCAUAAAUAUCGCUCGAAAUGCGAUAAGCAACCACCAAGCGGAGAAGGGCAGACGUUUUUUGGAAAAGGCACAACGUUUGUAUCCAACAGACCAGGCAAAAAAUCUAUUAGAGUCGUUAUCACAGAAUGGAAAGCCCCCAGACAGCAAUGACAAUACUAUGAACGGAGAUGGACCCAGAAUGAAACAUCGCAGCAAAGCAGACGAAGCGAAUGGGUCCGGAGAGGGGGCCGCCGAGACAUCCAAACCGUAUACGGCAGAUCAGCUUGACGCGGUCAAAAAGAUCAAGAGUUGUAAAGAUUACUACCAAAUCCUUGGUGUUGAAAAGGAUGCAGUGGAGGAGGAUCUUAAGAAAGCGUACAGGAAGCUGGCUCUGAAAUUCCAUCCAGAUAAAAACCACGCACCAGGAGCCACGGAGGCCUUCAAAGCUAUCGGGACUGCCUACGCUGUGCUCAGUAAUACGGAGAAACGGCAGCAGUAUGAUCAGUACGGUGAGGAGCAGUCACACCCCACCAGACAGAGGCAGCACCAGCGCCAUGACUUUGAGGCGGACAUCUCUCCAGAGGAUCUCUUCAACAUGUUCUUUGGGGGCGGAUUCCCAUCCAGCAAUGUACAUGUUUACAGAAAUGGCAGAAUGCACUUUGCAAAUCAACACAGACAAGAAAGGAGAGAGCAACAAAGAGAGGCAAGCCUGGCCCUGUUUAUCCAGCUCAUGCCCAUCCUUAUCCUCAUCGUGGUUUCUGCUCUCAGCCAAAUGAUGGUCUCCCAGCCCCCCUACAGCCUUAGUUACCGCUCUUCAUCUGGACACGUUCAAAAGAGACAUACGUCCAUGCUGAAGGUGCCUUUCUACGUGGGAGAGCGCUUUCAUGAAGAGUACUCUGGAACUAACCUGAAGCAAGUAGAGAAAAGUGUGGAGGAAGACUAUAUCUCAAACCUCAGAAACAACUGCUGGAAGGAGAAGCAGCAGAAGGAAGGCCUACUGUACCGUGCCCGAUACUUUGGAGACUCAGAUUUAUACCAGAGGGCACAGAGAAUGGGAACCCCCAGCUGCUCCAGGUUGUCUGAGAUACAGGUUCUAAUCCAUGGCUAGAAAUCAUUGACGCACAUUAGGGUCAUUAGAAACUUGAAUUGAAUUAGAAGAAAUAUGUUGGCGCAACUCAAAUUGGAGUAUGUGACUGCAGCAAAAAAUACCGUGAAAAUCCGAAAACUACCAUUAGCAUUGUGGACAACAGAUUUCAUCAGAGGAAGCCCUUUGCAACUGCUGGCUGAAUUCUUGCAGGACUGGGACAUGCUGUGAGUCGAUUGUUGACAUUUUUUUUCCUAUAGUGUCUUCAAGAUAGCGUCCAACUGAAAAGAUUUAAAGAAGGCAAAGAAGAGAGAAAAUGUUGUCUAUUUGAAUGGCAUAUCAAUAAUGCUAAGAUUUCACUGUCUAUAUCCCAAGUCUUUUUUUUUUUUAUUUAAUGAAAAAGGAAAAAAAGAAUCCCCUGGCCUUCUUGUAGAUGGGGCACCUGAGCCACUGACUAAAUAUAGUAAUUUUUAUAGUUCAUACCAAUGUAAAUAUAAAUUUACUUUUAACAGUGCAGGAUUCAAUUGCAUUAAGAUACAAAUCCUUCUAUAAUUUAAUGUUAUUCUGUGGGUUUGCUUGUAGCUUGUUCGAUUAUGAUUAUUCAGAAUCAAACAAACCUGUAUUUAUUAAAUUAAUCCCGCUAAAAUUGUAUUAAAGUUUGUUGAAAUUAAA